GCCACGUUCUUUACCCUUUUAACCACUGUAUCAGCUUGACUCACGAGAUACAUCCUCCCCUCUUCCCUUAGAAAAGAAAGAAGGGUUAUUUCUGCAAAAACAACUCUGAAGCAAUGGGGCUUGUCUUGGAUUUGAUUCACAAAAUUUUGAACACUUAUUUACCUCAUAUGGCAACAACAGCACUCAUCCAUUUCAUGCCUUUAUAUCUCAUUCUCAAGUUUCUUCACUUCAUCUACCGUUCUAUAUUUAGCGAAAACGUCGCUGGUAAAGUUGUUGUCAUCACAGGGGCCUCUUCCGGUAUUGGCGAGCACUUAGCCUAUGAAUAUGCUAAAAAAGGUGCACGUCUAGUUCUUGCCGCAAGAAGGCGGCAGAGUCUUGAGCAAGUAGCAGACAUGGCCUAUUGGCUUGGAUCACCAAAUGUUAUUCCUGUACAUGCUGAUGUUUCCAAAGUUGAAGAUUGCCAACGAUUAAUCGAAGCAGCCAUAAACAACUUUGGUAGAUUGGAUCAUCUGGUGACCAAUGCUGCUGUGACGCCCCUAUACAUGUUUGAGGACCUUAUAGAAGUCACCAACGCUGCACCUGCAAUGGACAUAAAUUUCUGGGGCGCAGUUUAUACUACACAUUUUGCCAUUCCCCAUUUGAAGGAUAACAAGGGCAAAAUCAUAGCAAUCACCUCAUCAGCUGGUUAUUUGAAUGCAGCCAGAAUCAGUUUGUAUUGUGCAAGUAAAGCUGCAAUGAUUAGUUUCUUCGAGACGUUGCGGGUAGAGCUUGGGACACUAAUUGGCAUUACAAUUGUCACUCCUGGAUUAGUCGAAUCUGAGAUGACCAAAGGCAAAUUCCUAACCACGGAAGGCAAUUUGGAAGUAGACCAAGUAAUGAGAGAUGUUGAAAUGAGCGUGACUCCGAUAUUGCCAGUGGAAAAGUGUGCGAGAUCAAUUGUGCAAAGCGCAUGUCGGGGAGACAACUAUCUAACAGAGCCACUAUGGUUCAAGACAUUAUUCUACUACAGAAUAUUUUUCCCUGAAUUGGUAGAAUGGUUCCAACGUUGGUUCUUGAUACCAGGGCCGGGGAAACCACCAGCAGAAGCACCUAGCAAGGUAAUUCUGGACGUGACUGGAUUACAGGAAUAUGUUUAUCCGGCGCCUGUCCUAUCUCCACAUAUAAAAGUGGAUAGAGGAUAUUCAUUGUAAAUUGAACUUAGCAAAAAUAAUGUCAGCAAAUAUUCAUAGAUGCACACUGGACAGGAAGUGGUUUCUUUCUUUUCAUUUUGGUUUAGCCCUGACUAUGAUAGAAGCAGAACAAAAACGAUAACUAGGUGGAUAGAAAAGCUGACAAUUGAGAUCAAAGAAAAACUGUUUUAAUGGGCAGAUACAUUCUAUUGGUCCAAGCUCUUGUAACUUAAUUUUAAGAUUGUUGAUGAAUGAAGGGAACUCAUUGAUUUAUUUU